AAGCACAGCAUAUAGAAGUGAAUCAGUAUACGGAGCGAACCAAUCACAUGUUAUGUUGAACAAAGUGAAAUAUAUACAGAGAAAAAACAUGGCUGCGAAGGACACUGAGCAAGAAACAUCAGGAACCAUCACUCCUUUGGAACAUUUUGAUAAAGCAGAAGAUGUGAAGGCACUUUACGAGGCCACUGUAGCAAGAUUAGGUACGGCUGAAGAUGUUAUUAUUAAUAUUCUUUCAAAGAGAACCAACUCACAACGUCAAGACAUUAUCGAAGCUUUUGUGUCCACUUAUGAUGAGGAAUUACUGGACGUUAUGAAGUCUGAACUUAGUGGCGAUUUUCUCCGCGUUGUCGUGGGACUUCUGGACGAGCCAGCGGUGUUCUUAGCAAAGAAUAUCCAUAGUUACGCAACUGAUACCAGUAUGUACCAAACUUCCGAUCUUGCUCUUCGUCUAAUUGAGAUCAUCUUUCCUCUGAAUUAUUUGGAGACAAGCUACGUGAAAGAGGCUUACCAACAAGUGUUUGGUUCCACACUGGAUGCAGAUAUCUCUUUGAAUGUAUUCGGUCCUUGGAAAACGAUCCUACUCAAUGUUGAAAUGGGGCAACGUCACGAGACGACGUGUAUCGAUAGUUACAAAGUCGAUCAAGACAUCCAGUUUCUAGUGGAGACCCCGGUAGAUGAAUGGGCGCUUCCAAAUGCAAGGGUGGAAGAUAUACUCAUAAGAGAUAGCGUGGAGCAUCUCCGAAAGGUUUUCAAAGGGGUUAGAGAGUCGAUGAGCGAGAAAGGUAUCGACAUCAUCCAGGCAAUUAAUGAUAGCACUCUGACGACCGAACAAAAGGAUGGCUUCUCUGCAAUUGUAUCAAUGUGUACCGAUUACGUUCGCUUUAACGCCACCGUACUUCACAAAGCAAUGGCUGGACUCGGCACAGAUGACGAUACUCUCAUUCGUGUGAUUGUUGCCAGAUGUGAGAUUGAUUUGGAAAACAUCAAGGUGGAGUUUCGGAAGCUGCAUGGAAAAUCUCUUCGUGAUUGGGUCUCAUCCGAUACGUCGGGCAACUAUCGAGAUAUUCUAUUGGCUAUUAUUGGCGAUUAAAACCCGCCAAAGUUAUAUCAUAUGAUAAUGCUACAGAUACAGCGAUAAAACCGACUCCAGACCGAUCAAAGUUAUGAACAACAUGAACACGGAGUUGUUAAGAAGGGGCGGGGUCACUCUUCUUUCCUUUGAUCCCAUGCUCGACACCGCCGAUAAGUUAUGCGCUAAUCUGCAUAACCAGCCGGUUAAUUAAUAGCACGCAUGGCUAAUAAGCGUUUCAAACUAACGCACCAAAACAUCGUAUUUCGGCAACUUAUGCUGCAGUCACAUUUCCCCUAUGGCGGCCGUAAGGCGAGUCGAGAUCUGCCGUUUUUUAACUUUUAACAUUUUUAGUAUCAAACUGAUAAACAUGGUUGGAAUAAAAAAUGAAUAAAACGGCUGUUUUCGACUCGCCGUACGGCCGCCGUAGGUGAAAUGUGACUGAGGUAUAACAGUUCGCUGCCCCUGAUGAUUUCUUGUCAAUGGUCGAAAUUGUAUAAAGCACUUUUCAUGAGCAAAAUGCAAAGUUUUACAGUUUCUUACGAUUUUAACUACCAUAUCUUACAUGGCUGGGGAGCAUUUCAUGUAACAACAAUGCUCUUUUUUUCAUUGACUAUAUUGUUACAAGCUACUGAAACCCUUGCAUCUGAUUGGCUCAGAUUAAAUUAUUCACUAACAAAACUAUUCAUGAUACGCUCCUGACUGUGUUCUCAUAUCCCAUUCUUGAGUAUUUUAUGAGAGAAGUCAGAUGGAUGUGUUUUAAGUUCUGAUCGUAAUUUCUUUGCUGUUGUAUUUCAAUGUAUAGUAAUGUUGAAACGGGAUUUCAUAUGAAUUUCAAUUUUUGUAACUGUUUAAUCAGUAAGUAGGCAAAGUGUACUAAUUCAUAAUACUGCAUUACGAUAUGAUGUAUAUUGAUAGACCUAGAUUAUUUAGUAAUGUUACCGCAUUUCAAUCUCUGUUUAUCUUAAUAAUAUGCAUUUUAGUGCUCACUCUUGUGAAUUUUUUGGCCUCCAUUGCCAUUGGACAUAAUACUGUUUGGGCCAGUGGCGGCUAUUUUAAAUAUCAAAAUACAGCAAUUUUCCCAUACAUGACAUAAUAAAUGAUAUACAUCGUUAGUAAUGGUGAUUUGCAUACAGAUACUUCGUUUAAUUAUAUAACAAUUUCUUGCAGUUUAGUGCUCAUUCAAUUAUUUUUUCAGAGAGUAUUUCACUCCUGCCACACAAUUUCAUGCAUUCUAUCGCCAAUGUGCGGGCAAUUUUAUGAUUUUCAGGUAAUUUGCAUUUGGCGGCCAUAUUGGAUUUUUGCCAAUUGCGGGAAAUUCUCAAGGUUACAUGAGUGGCAUCAUUCAGAUUUGUAAUCAGCACCCUCGAAUUAUGAAACCAUCAACAAAUAUUGUAUAUAUGAAAAAACAAGGUUUAGUCAAUCUUCUACGGGAUAUCCAGGACUAAUGCCUAAAACUGUUUCACCGGAAUAAUGCGAGUAUUUAAAAUGCCAUAUCUUUGUUAUUCCUUGUCCAAUUGUGUUCAAAUAUUCAGUGUUUUGUUUGUCUGUUUCUUUAUCUUUAAAAAAUUAUAUUAUUUUCAGCCUGGAGUACCCCCACUAAGAAACUCAAGGUAAUCAUUACAAAAAAUUACACCGUC